AUGACUUCAAAUCGUGUAGACCGACAGUACCGCUCUUUCCACAUCACCAGCCGGAAGCGCAACAACGACCCUCGAAGCCCAAACAAUUCUAAUCAUCACACACCGGUUAAUGGCUGGCAUAAUACCCAGGCGGAGUCUCGCAGACAUGAUGAAGGGACAGAGCUGGAGGGUGGCGAGCAUGGAGAGAUCAAGAAUGGCGCCUUUCCCAGGCCGGGCAAUAGCACCAGACGAACGUUGAGACAACGGCGGAUGAACGAUGUUCCUAAGCCACCGCCUAUACCGGAGUGGUUUUUGAAACAUAAUGUCAGACUGAUAGAGGAGAGGAGAGAGGAUAAGGAGAGCUUUUGGGAGGAGUAUAAGAUUAUUCGGUGCGUUGACACUGAGACGGGACAUACGCUCUUCACACUUGACUACUACGAGCCGCUGUAUACUGAGAAGAGUGUUGAGAAACUCCAGAAGAGGUUGGAGUCUCGGAAGAACAAGGCUGGAGUACCACCAACAACAGAGGACGCUUCUGAAGGAGGGACUAGUGAACUGGGCCAGCACUUCUUCGAUCAGAAAUACUCCACUGAAGGAACCGCGGGCAGCCAUGCUAGCUCGCAAGAGCAUGGAGAACAGCCGUUCAUACCGCCUUCAAAGAAUCAUCCCGAUCCGCUCCUUCGCAGAAUGAUUUCGGUCAGAGAUUGGGACUCUGAUCCGAUGAGAUACCCAUUUCUGGAGGCCGAAAUGACUGUGCGAGCAGCGCUCUCACUUCCAAGCGAGCAUCAGCCUUCCUCGAUGUUUGCCACAGACAGGGUGGAUUUGUCGUUGCAAUGCCCGGAUCCCAACAGUCACGGGCAGAUGGAGGAAUUCGUGCAUGAGCUUGCUCGCGUAGUGGGUGCCGAUUUGGUUAGGCUGGACGCCAACGAUCUGGCGGAGCUGUCGGAUGAGUAUGUUGGGCAAGGGGACGAUGCGCCGGGGUCGUUCUCAAACCUGGGGUACGAAGUCUUCGAUGGAUUUGAAGCUGGUGGGGGCGCCCAAAGAUUGAAUGCCUUCCGCACGCCGCCCGGCCCAGACGAGGCGAACGAGAUGGACGAAGAGGAGGAGGCAGAGGAGGAUGACCACCACAGUGGUGCAGGCGGCGGCUUCGGCUCAAUGGGCGACCUUGCGAAAGCCCUUCAGUCUGGUGGUCUAGGAAAGGUUUUGGGAGGCCGCAUAGUUGGCAUCGGCAUUGGUGGAUCUCAAUUCGGUCAGCAGGCAGCUGGUGAUCCACGACAGUCUAAGAGCGCCUCAGCCACCAACGGCUCUGAGGCGAACAGAGAUGAUGCACGUUUGACAGCGCUUUUCGACAGCUUGCUCAACGCGACAGCAGAAAAACGGGCGGCAUCCGCAAAGUGCAGCAGCGAUGAAUCUACAACGCACAACCGCGCAGCCCCGAAAUCUGAAUCGACUUCGUGGCAGAAAGCUCUUAAAUCACUGAGAGAGGCGGACAGAUGGCAACGGCACAAUACCAGCCUCCUGCUUGCCCAUCUCGACCCUGUCUUAAAGCGCGAUGACCCUACUCAAAUCCCGUUCCAGCUUACACAACAGCCAUCAGGUGGAUCUGCCGGCACUGCUUCAGUUGCCAAAGACUCCUUGAGGAAAACCAUCAUCCAUGUGCCCGAUCUACGUGACAUCUGCGAUUCCAAGCUGGGCGAAAACAUCAUCACACGCCUAAGCAAAGUCGUGAGGAAGCGAAGGCGUAGCGGCGAACGCAUUAUGAUUGUCGGAACGACGGCACAAGAUGUGCCUGGACCUUUCACUUUCGCUGGAGACCGCCACGAGGACUUUCCUUUCCGCACCAUGACAGUACCCCCGGGACUCGAGUGGCUAGAUGCAGAGAGUGGUGGCCAACUGGUAGGCAGGCGACCAAGACUACCAGAGAAAGACCUCGACAAUCCCACGCGGGCUCGGAUUUUAGACAUCAACCUUCGCCACAUCCAGUCGAUGCUGCGGCGCAUGAGGCCGGGAUACGAUGUCGAUAUGUGUUCUGCUGCUGCUCGCAAGCAGCUGAACUUACCUGGUAUGCACUUCUUGACCGAGCGCGUCCUUACUCUGGACCAGGUGCAACGGCUCGCUCUGGCAGCCGUGGGGUUGCAGCAUUCCUAUGUCAAGGCGGAAGGGGUGCAGCCCGUUCAUGUUGCUUUGGCUGCAUUCAUCACAACACGGACCGAUCAUGUGCAGCAUUGCUGGUCCCUCAACAAGGAGAAGAUGCGAGCGGACAAGAUCAAGACAGACAGCAGCGGUGGCGAGAAGUCUCAAGGCAAGCUCGACGGCGAACGCGGCCAGGCGCGGAUCGAUCGGAUCAAGAAGUCGUUGAACCAGCAUGAGAACCGCCUUUUGAACGGUGUUGUCGAUGCGGAGAAGAUCAAGACUGGCUUUGGCGAUGUGCACGCAGUGCCUGAGACGAUUGAUGCGCUGAAGACUGCAACGUCACUCUCCUUGCUACGACCAGAUGCUUUCAAGUAUGGUGUCCUCGCCAACGACCGUUUGCCAGGACUGCUGCUGUACGGCCCACCCGGCACCGGCAAGACACUACUUGCGAAAGCGGUGGCCAAGGAGUCGAAGGCAACGGUGCUCGAAGUCAGCGGUGCCCAAAUCUACGAGAAGUAUGUCGGUGAGGGCGAGAAGAUGGUGCGAGCAGUCUUUAGCCUUGCGAAGAAGCUGAGUCCUUGUGUGGUCUUCAUCGAUGAAGCAGACGCCAUCUUCGGCAGCCGAAGUAAUGCGGGUAAUAGGAACACCCACCGCGAGAUCAUCAAUCAAUUCCUGCGCGAAUGGGACGGCAUGGAUGACCACGGCUGCUUCAUGAUGGUUGCGACCAACAGGCCGUUUGACUUGGAUGAUGCUGUGCUGCGACGGCUUCCGCGACGACUGCUGGUUGAUUUGCCGGUGGCGAAAGAUCGAGAGUCAAUCCUCGGCAUCCACCUACGAAAUGAAGCUCUCGACUCCUCGGUCUCGCUCGCGAAACUUGCUGAACAGACGCCAUACUACAGCGGCUCCGAUCUCAAGAACCUCUCCGUCGCGGCAGCACUGGCGUGCGUCCGUGAAGAAAACGAGCUCGCCGACAUCCGCAAGGACGAUACGGAGUUUCAAUUCGCUGAGAAGCGUACGCUGACUUCGAAGCAUUUCGAAAAGGCUCUCUCGGAGAUUUCUGCUUCAAUUAGUGAGGACAUGAAGUCGCUCACAGCGAUCAGGAAGUUCGACGAGCAGUAUGGAGAUCGCAAGGGUAGGCGGAAGAAGGUUGGGUAUGGGUUUAGCGCUACUGAUGGGGAGGUGGAUGAGAGUGCUGUGAGGGUGAGGCAGGAUGCUGCUUCGUCUUCAACUUCAUCACCACCACCGUGA